AACUGACGUCAGCCGAUACGAGGAUGUUCCAAGGAGCAUCACAAACCAUCCUGUGCCAUUGCAGGGGCAUCCCAUGCCACUUUCAGAUCAAUUGGUCCAAAACUAUUGGACUGGAAUCGCCAUGAUCGUAUUCGUGCACACUCAGCUGUGUUGAUACCUGAAGUUGAAUGUGCAUGUCGUGCUCUACACCUGAUGCCCGCGCUAGACUGUUUUCGGCAGCCAUCCCACCUUUCCCCAAACAUGAAUCAUCCGCUUAUGUUCUCUUCUUCUUCUUCUUCUUCUUCCCCCGCUUUCACUUUCUCCAGAAUCUCAAUUCUUUCAUAGCUUCAAAGCCAACGUGAACAAUGGCAUCGGCGACAUUCCCCCCUCCCCCUGUCAGUUCCAUUGACUGGAACAAUGUCGGGUUUAAAGUCCGUGACGUGAACGGCCACGUCGAAUGCCACUUCUCCCACAGCCAAGGCGGCAAAUGGAGCGCUCCCAAAUUCGUCAGCUCGCCCUACCUGCCCAUCCACGGCAUGGCCCCCGGCCUCAAUUACGGCCAACAAGCCUACGAGGGUCUCAAGGCCUUCCGCCGCCCGGACGGCUCCAUCAGCGUCUUCCGCCCUGAUCGCAACGCCGUGCGCAUGCGUCGCUCCGCCGAAUUUAUUUCCGUCCCGCCUAUUCCCGAGGACCUCUUCGUGGAGAGCGUGAAGCUCGCCGUCGCGGCCAAUGCGGAGUUCGUGCCGCCCCAUGAAACCGGCGCUGCGAUGUACGUCCGACCCUUGGUCUUCGGCUCCUCGGCACAGCUGGGUCUCUCCCCUCCCGACGAGUAUACAUUUGUGGUCUUUGUGAUGCCGACCGGGGUGUAUCACGGCGUGCAUGCCGUCGAUGCCCUGAUCCUGGAGGACUUUGAUCGCUCGGCGCCGGAGGGCACCGGAUCAGCCAAGGUGGGCGGCAACUACGCGCCGGUCCUGCGGCACAGUGGACGGGCACACAGUGAGGGAUUCGGGAUCACACUGCAUCUGGACAGUCGCACGCGGUCGGAGAUUGAUGAAUUCUCAACGUCAGCCUUUAUCGGCGUGAGGAAGGAUGCCUCGGGCGCUGUGACGCUGGUGCAGCCGGAUAGUCAGAAUGUAAUUGACUCCGUGACGGCUGCGUCGGUGUUGGAGAUUGGAGAGCGCGUGUUCGGAUUCACAUCGGAGAGACGCCGCGUUCCCUAUGAGGAGCUGAAGGAGUUCAAGGAGGUCAUUGCUUGCGGCACGGCGGCGGCACUCGUGCCCAUCCGGAGCAUCACCAUGCGGUCGCGGGGCGAUCGCCUGACCUACGAGGCGGGGGAUGACGGGCAGAGCGGUGGGGAGGUGUGCGUGAAACUCCUGCAGACGCUGAAGGGGAUCCAGGCGGGCAAGAUCGAAGACAAGUUUGGAUGGAACUUCUCCGUGGAGAGGCCCCCGGAGGGCUGGGCCACGGCUAGCGGCGAGAGGGAAUCCGAUGGUGCCAAUGUGCCAUGAGUGACU